AUGCCGUGUGCCACUAAAGGAGAGGCUUCACCUCCCGUAACCACACCAGUGGGACGUGACGGGUGCCUUUGUGUCGUUACAUGGCAGACUGCAGGGCGCAUGUCACUACAAACAUGUGCUUUGGAAUCUGCUGCAGAUGCACUAGUUUUCUUACGCAACAACUUACCGGGAAUUGCACUGUGUGGUUUAUGGGUGGACAUGCAGAAGUGCAGUGAAGAAGAGCAUCGGCAAGUUUUACAGCUGCUUUACCCAAACAUGCAGCCGAGUCACGUGGAGGCUGUGCUUGCAAAUGAUAUGUACGACGUGGUGGAGUUGCAACCUACGGAAGGUGAGUAUGUUGUUGGCUGCCUUUCGUGUUCCCCGAGCCACGGCGGACCGUUUCCUGCUGCAACCGCUAUGUCGCGCACUGAGUUAGGUUGCGAGGAAGGGGUUUUGUGCUCGUUUGUGUGUAGUGAGCGUGUACUACUGACGCUGCAUACAGCACCGUUUGCCGGUCUCGCGGAGUUAUUUCGUCAUGUUCUCAAAUGUAAUGGAAGUGAAGCGGAGAGACAUAGCCGUGAAUGCGAGGAUUCGGUUGUUGGCAUUGUGAAGGAUCCUUCGUCACAUCGUUCUUCUUUUGUUCCUGUUGCUAUGGGAACAGAUGCCCUAUGUACUCUCGUGUGUUUCACUUGUGAGGCCUCCUUUCCAGCACCUGCCUCGCUGCUGAGUGAGGUUGGUGAUAUUAAUGAAAUGGUCUUUCUGAUUUCGCCUGGUGAGCAGGAUCAGACAGACCUCCUCCGUCGUGUAGCGUUGUUACGGCGCCGUAUUUCUAGUUUUCGAACAGCAUUGUUCCUGAAGGAAAAACUGAUUCACCAGCUUAUUUCACCAGCAAUGCGUUUAACGUUCGUUUCUAAGAGUCACCCGAGUGCUGUGGCCUACAAGGAAAUACUGGCAAGAGUCCAAAAGGUUUCAGAGAAGCUGGAUGAUGCUCGUGAUAUGUUAAAUCAUGCAAACCUGAACUUCAUUACGGGUGUUUCUAUGCGCAUGUCGCAGGCGUCCGCAGGACUCGACUUCAAGAUGAAUAUUCUGAACAGUGUUGCUGCUGUUUCUCUUCCCAUCAACCUUGUCGUAUCUUUGUUCGGUAUGAACUUAAAAGUUCCGUUUAUGACUGGCGAGGGCAGCACACUCAUACCAUUUUGGACAAUCUGCGCUGUUUUUGUUGUGUGGGCGGGCAUUUGCUUAACGCCGCUCUUCCGUAGAGCGCAGCGGGGUCUCAAAAAUGAUCCGAUUGCUCCAUAUGAGUGA